AUGACCUGGCUGUCUGUUCCUCACUAUGGUCGGUACCUCUACCGUACCGCCUCGAAAGAACCUUUCUUCUGGCAAGCCGACACCGCCUGGGAGCUCAUCCAUCGCCUCAACAAGACGUCCAUCGAUUUCUAUCUCAGGACCCGUGCCGAGCAGGGCUACAAUGUCGUCCAGACGGUCGUAAUUUCAGAGCUGAACGGUACAACGCGCACAAACUUUUACGGUGAUCUACCGUUCAGCAACUCGGAUUCCACCAAACCGAAUGAAGCGUACUUCGAGUUGGUGGACUGGACGGUGGACCUAGCUGCAAGCUACGGCAUUUUGAUCGUUUUGGUCCCCACGUGGGGCAUGUACGUGAGCGGCGGUUGGCACAAUUUCGACCGCAUUUUCAACGAGUCGAACGCGUACAAGUGGGGUCAGUACAUCGGUAACCGGUACCCUGGUUUGCCGAAGAUUCUAGGUGGUGACUCGAACGCUCUGUGGUCGUGGAACAUGUCCGCGGUGCAGAAUGCGUACAAUGAAAACCCGGAUCAAGAUUUGGUGAGCGUGUUGGCUCCCGUGGAAGACACUUCGUCUGUUUGGUCGAGCAUGCGUCGUGGACUCAAGGACUCGGAAAGUCAACACGGCUACGAUUCGUUGGUGAUUUACCAUCCCAACAACAUAUCGAGUUUCUAUCGACACGUUCUCGCCAGCGAUCGGCUGGGACUCGACCAAGAAGUUAUUGAUCUAGAGAAUCACUAUGAAGGAGCUCACGACAGUUUUGAUCUGGACAAGGUCAUCUGGAAUGCCUCGCACAUUCGCACGGGUCUGUACCAUGGUGUAUACAGUGGCGCGUCGGGUUUUACUUACGGUGCCAACAGUGUGUGGCAAAUGUACGAGCCACGGACUGCUCUGCUUCGCGAUAGCGAUUGGUUCCCGGCGCAGAUCAACCAGAACGAAUCAGGAUCUUGGCGUGAAGAUAUCUACUUUGAGGACGCUACCCAGGCUAAGUACGUCACCAAGCCUCUCAGUGGCCUCUCUACUGCAGUUCUGGAAUCUCUGGAGCCCGCUCGAGAGCUUCUUUCUAGCCCAAGCAACCACACUGGAAAAUCGGUCAACACGUACGAAGGCACGCGUUACAUUUCCAUCUUGGCUUCAAAGAUUCUCGACCGCUUCUACGUCUACACUGGACACGGUGACUCGUUCGCUCUCGAUCUUGGGGACGGUUCGCGUAGUAGUCGCUCUGGAAGCGCUACAUGGCUCUCUCCUCGGGAUGGUCAGUACUACGCGAGUUCGACCGUGGAUGUCCCUGCGAACAACGCCCGCAUUGACUUCUACCCUCCAACUACCGGUGGCAUCGACAACGACUGGCUGCUGGUACUGGAGUUUUAAGCUGGCGAGUCUACGAGGGUAAAGUAGCGUUGGUAGUAAAACUCCCAACCUGACAAGUUUAGUGCCAUAAGUACUGUCCAUUCUUUUUCUUCUGCUGUCGUCCAGUGCAGUUCAAUGGAUCACC